GUUGGUCAUAAGAUUAAUUAGAAAAACGAUGUCUCAACUGAGAAGUGGCUCUUCACAAUGCUUAUGGACAAGUACUCUUUUCAUUGCGUUAUUGUCAAUGCCGAUGACUCAUGGGGCUAAUUAUGGAGAAGCUCUCACAAAGAGUCUUUUGUAUUUCGAAGCUCAACGCUCUGGAAAAUUGCCGCCGAACCAAAGAGUCAACUGGAGAGGAGAUUCUGCACUUAGAGACGGUUCUGAUGCCCAUGUUGAUCUCACUGGAGGGUACUAUGAUGCUGGAGACAACAUGAAGUUUGGAUUCUCAUUGGCGUUCACAACGACAAUGCUAGCAUGGAGCAGUGUAGAGAUGGAAUCGGAGCUUAAGACUUAUAAAGAGCACGAAAACGUCCUUGCGGCUAUAAAAUGGGCCACUGACUAUCUCAUCAACGCCCACCCAGAGCCCAAUGUUCUUUACGGACAAGUGGGAGACGGCUACUCGGACCAUGCGUGCUGGAUGAGACCAGAGGAUAUGACAACUCCGCGUCCUUCUUACCGUAUUGAUGUUCAGCAUCCAGGUGCUGACCUAGCAGGCGAGACAGCUGCAGCUAUGGCUGCAGCUUCACUAGCCUUUGCCCAAUAUGAUGCAGCCUAUAGCGAAAAACUUAUUGGUCAUGCAAAAGAUUUAUUUGAAUUCGCCAAGGCUUACCCUGGCGUCUACCAAAGCUCCAUACCUAACGCAGGUGGCUUCUACGCGAGCAGCGGAUACCAAGAUGAGUUAUUUUGGGCCGCGGCUUGGCUCCACCGUGCCACUGAUGACCAGACUUAUCUCGACUAUUUAAAUGAAGAAUAUGGCACCGGAGGUCAAAGGACUAUUUUUGCAUGGGAUGAUAAGUUCGUGGGUGCACAAGUCUUGAUGGCCAAGCUUGCACUCGAAAGGGGAGGAGAGACCGGCGAUAAGUUGCAAGAUUUCAAGAAUAUGGCUGAGUAUUUCAUUUGCAACUGUGUUCAAAUGGGCUCCAAUAACGUUAAGAAGACUCCGGGUGGUUUGCUUUGGUUCUUGCCGUGGAACAACCUCCAAUACACCACCACCGCUAGCUUCGUCCUCGCUGCUUAUUCUAAGUAUCUUAAAGCCGCCAACACACCCAUCAACUGUCCCAGUGGAACUUUUCAAGCUGCUGAUCUUCUUUACCACGCCCGUACUCAGGUAGACUACAUACUUGGAUCAAACCCGACGAGCAUGAGCUACAUGGUUGGAUUCGGAACCAACUAUCCAAAGAGUCCACACCAUAGAGCAGCCUCUAUAGUGUCGAUCAAACAGAACAGCACCGCCGUGACGUGCAAUGACGGAAUGAACAAAUGGUAUAACAAUCCUGCACCAAACCCUAACGUACUAACCGGAGCACUCGUGGGAGGACCCGACGAGAACGAUGCUUAUGGAGAUGCGAGGACUAAUUUUCAGCAAAGUGAGCCUGUGAUCGUCACAGUUGCUCCAUUUGUUGGUGUUUUGGCCGCCGUUGCUUGAUCUUUCUCUAUUUUGUUAUGUAUCAUAGUAAAAGU